ACAGAGCUGUAAAAAAGUAUUUUGAUUUUCUCAAUUUUCACAUAUUUUGAUACUGAAUGUUAUUAGAUCUUUAACCAAAACCUAAUGUUAGAUAAAGGGCUCCUUCUAUAUAUGAAGGCAAGUCGUCCAGGUCCUGAGGCAGCAAAGCAUCCCCAAACCAUCACACUACCACAACAAUGCUUGACCGUUGGUAUGAGGUUCUUACUGUGGAAUGCAGUGUUUUUUUGCUAGACAUAAUGGGACCCUUCUCAUCCAAAAGGUUUACUUAAGUUUGCCAAGAUGCACCUGGAAGCAGCUGGGCGAUCGUCAAGACUAUUGGAAGAAUGUUCUAUGGACAGAUGAGUCAAAAGCUUUUUUGGAUGACAUGGGUCCCUCAUACCAACAGUCAAGCAUGGCGAUGGUAGUGUGAUGGUUUUGGGAUGCUUUGCUGCCUCAGGACCUGGAGGACUUGCCUUUUUCACGGCACUGUAUAUGUACUGCAGGGAAUAGGGUGCUAUUUGGGACUUAUACUUAGUAUAGUUGGAUGUAAACAAAUUGUUCCUCACUGCCGAUGGACUAUAAAUCCCUCCUUAUCUUGGCUCUAUGUUGAUCUGUGUAAUAUGAGACUUGCUUUUCAACAGAAGUGUAUGCGUGUGCCUGUUCUUGUGUUUGUGUGUAUGCGUGUGUGUGUUGUAUGUGAAAGACAGACCGGACACACAGCACAUGUUCAUCAACCAGAGGUUACUAAGAAGGAAAUAUAUUUAUUGAAUAUUUAUGAAUUUAUUUAUGAAGUUAAUCUAAGCAGCAGAUCAACAGAGUUAGUGAUACUCGAUAGCAGAGAUCGACUGGUUUGGCCAUAUUGCUCUGGCAAAUGCCAGAUGGGCUCGUCCAUCUUUAGCCCAGCGGGCCCGUCUAAUUGUUUUAGGUUUUUUGGGCCGUUAUUUGGCUAUUAAUGGGGGCAUCAAGGAAAUGAAUUGGCCUUAUCAUUUUUUUGUUGUUGACAUGGUUGGCUUGGUUCCAUGGAAAAUGGUGAACAAGCAUGUUGCAGUAGAUGCACCAAGAAAUGAAGUGUUGAAACAGUUUCCUUUUGAAUGAACUUUGACCCACUUCUUUGUCCAUCGUACCUUAAAUCUGACGCAAGUACAACCAUUCAAGGCACGUAUAGACAAUUGUGUGGUUGCUUUGCUCUAUAAAUGGGAACUAACGUCUUGCCAGUUGUAACCGCAACUCAAGUUUUUCAUGAACAGUUUGUUUUUGGUUUAUAGUAACGGUCUAGUUACUAGGGAUGAUGCAUUGUAAUUGACCGUAUCCACUCACUAUUCAGUCAUUAAUUCCAUCAUACAGUUUGAGUCUACACAUGAACUCCUUGCUUGAGCACCAAGCAGAAAUGUCAUUUUAUUCCACACUGCAGGAUUUCCCCCAAAUUAGACUCAACUACCUCACAUGUUCAGUUGGCAUUGUACUCAACAUCGUACUCAAAUAGCACAUCGUUUUAGCCAUUUUGUUGUACAGGGAUGUUUGAAUUUUGAUGCUGAAGAGUCCAAAAAGUCUGUAAAAACUUAGCAAAAACGACAGCGUAAUAAACUCGAUGGCACGAGUUGUGAUUUCACAUGGUUUGUGUGAGUUCUUGUGUGGAAACAAUCAGAUAGGCUAUGUUGACAUGAACUAGAGGGGACAGUACAUGUAAUUAACAUUCUCCACAUGCUGAGUGUUCCAUGUAAAAGGUUGGGUGAGAGGAUUGUAUUUUUUAGGUUAUUAGUGUAUUAAACAAUAGAUGGUAUUCAGCUAUUUAUCCAUAACCCUAAUACUAAACCCAAUUUGAAACCUUACUGUGACUACACACCUAACACAUAAUCCAUAACCCGAGCCUCAGCUGCCAGGCCUCACAUCCUAACUCUAACCCUAAACAUAAACCCGAACUGUAAUCUGAGUAAGCUGUUGCAUAUCAACAGAGUUGCAGUUGAGUUUUUUUUCGAUAGUUUGAGCAUUUACAGAAAGAUAAUCUGUUGUGGCGAGUCCCCCCCCCCCAAAAAAGGAACAUGUACAUUUUCUUUCCUGUUUAGCACGAACUGAGGUAUGUGACAUCAAGUAUGUUACAUAGAGACUUUACCAUUAACAGCACAGUUUAUUUGGAGCCAAGCUUACUCACCAUUUGACCAUUUGACCAGGAGACGUGCCUGUGUGUGUGUUUGUGUGUUUGCUGACUGAGAAUGCUGUCUGGGAAUGAAUCCGGGGAUAGACACAGCCACAGCAGCCUGGUGCUGAUGGUCUACAUCAUCACCUUCCUGAUUGGCCUCCCUGCCAAUGGUGUGGCCUUCUACACCUUUGGAAAGAAGGUGAGGCAGAAAGCCAUGCCCAUCGACAUCCUGCUCCUCAACCUGACCGUCUCGGACCUCCUCUUUCUGCUCUUCCUGCCCUUCAAGAUGAAAGAGGCGGCGGACGACAAUGUAUGGAACAUGCCCGUCUUCCUGUGUCCAUUGACCAGCUUCGUCUUCUACGCCACCAUCUACAACAGCACCUUCUUUCUGACUGCCAUCAGCGUUGAACGCUACCUGGGGGUGGCCUUUCCCAUCAAGUACAAACUCAUAAGACGGUCUUUGUACACCACGGUGGCUAGCGUUGCCUUCUGGGUGAUCUCCAUGGCGCACGUCAGUAUCGUCUACAUCAUUCAAUAUUUAGUCGAUUCCAGUGCCACCCAGGAAGGGGACAUGUGUUACACAAAUUUCACCCAGAUGCAGCUGCAGGUCCUGAUACCUGUCCGCCUGGAGCUCUUCCUGGUUCUAUUCUGUGUACCUUUCUUCAUCUGCUGCUUCUGCUACAUCAACUUCAUCCGAAUCCUCUCUCAGCUGCCCAGCAUCAACCCCAAGAAACGUCUGCGGGCCAUCGGUCUGUCUCUGGCCACCCUGCUGGUGUUCAUUGUCUGCUUCGCGCCCUACAACCUGUCACACUUAGUGGGCUUUGUUAACUGGGAGAGUCCCAAUUGGCGAAUGGCCGCACUCUUGUCCAGUACCAUCAACGCCAGCCUGGACCCCAUCAUCUUCUACUUCUCCUCGUCGGCCCUCAGGUGUACCUUCCACCUCUUCCUGAAGAACCUGUUGGAGAGUGUGCAGGGGUUGUGCUUCUGCAGUAAGGCUCUCUACUGCCCUGUGUUGUUCUGCACCAGAACUCAGAAGGACAGCACACCAAGCUCCAAUGACAACAUGUGUCAAACUCAUUCCACAGAGGGCCAAGGUUCUGCAGGUUUUCGCUCCACCGGUGUACUUGAUUGAUGAAUUAAGGUCACUAAUUGGUAAAGAACUCCCCUCACCCGGUUGUCUAGCCUUAAACAAAAACUUUCAGAUUCUAGCUCCUCCAUGGAAUGAGUUUAACACCCCUGUUAUAAUGAGUGUGUAGUCAAGCCAUAUGCUUCACUUGCUACAUGCUUGCUACAUAAGUUAGCUAAAUACCAGCCUGUGCAAUGUGUUUAUUGUAUUUAGGUUCUUAUGAAAAAGACUGAGGACUAUGCUAUCUGUCUUUAUAAGUAGCCUAUACAUGAAUCAGUUGUGGUCAGUGCCGUUUAAGAUGAGGGAGGAUGAUUUUAGAUUUUCUUAUGAGCAUGGCCUUAUUUCUAUUACAGCAUAUUAGAUGACUGUUAUUCAUAUUCCAUUCACCCAGCUCAAUGUAACAUCGAUAGGUUUAGGUUACUACAUGAUACUGAAAUUGUACCUAUACCCAUCAUGAGGUUGCUACAACCUAGCCUAUGAAGGAAAGUUUACAACCUAGGUGCAUAGGCUGAGAGAAUUGUCACACAUUCAUUGCCGCCUUGCACACUCUUGCCUGCAUCUAGCUGACCUAUGUAGGGUGUAAUCAUUGGUCCAACAGUUGAAAAUUAGUGUCUAUUGGACAAAUUUAGGUAUGUUUAUCCCCUAUUCAUCCCAUUUGCUUCCGUUUAAGAAACAUUUUUCAACAGAAUCAGCAGAAUGAAUACACCCCUGAUUACACACAAACAGUUCACUUUCAUUGCAGCCACAUAAAGAAAGCCUGAUCAUUUUGAUCGGUGUACAUAUAAUUCCUUCUCGCAACUAUCUAUGCUCUCUCCUCCUCUCAACUUUUCCCUUCACUUGUGGCCUUCAGUGCACAACACAUCAGCUGUCUGUGACCAGGCUAAAAACCCUUUCCAAAACAAACCUUCAUAUCAUGACUGCUAACCGCUACACACAGCCUACAUCAUUGUCAACAUAGCUACUAGAACUAACGCGUUAGUAAACCCGCUACAAUCAUGCAGUACAGUGUACUGUCAGAAAGCAGUUUAACAGUUACAACGCAGGCAGUGAGAAUAAAUUAAUAAAACCAAAAGCUUACCUUGACUUGGAAGGAUGUGUAGUAUGCAUUUGUAUGUGUGUAUUUAUGAUCAUUUGAAGGUUUUAUAUUAUUUCUGUUCCCCUUUAUUUUCUAUGACUUUUUUUGUAGUGAUGACAUUAAAAUCUCUUUUUGCAU